CCACCCUGCACCGGGACAGGACAGGGGCCGACAGCGCUGUGGAGCCAGGUGGCGGCCGAGCAGGGUUUGCUGCCCUGCCACUGCGCACGCUGACACUGGCCCUGCAGCUACCUGGCCUCAGCCAGGCAAGGAGGGGCACCCCCAGUGGGGCUGAUGCCACAGCAGCGGAGUAGCGGGAUGGCCAGCGCAGCUCCCUUCCUGCUGAGAAGCUGCCACCCCUGCUGCUUGCCAAAUCUGCCCCUCCACCGGGGCUGAAAUCUUCCACCAGGUCAGGAAAAGCCAAGGGACAUCCAUCAGGCUCCGUGUGCCAAGAAGAGCCAGCGCAGAGAGGAAACGGUGUGGAGCACGUGAGUGGUAUGGCUAGGUCUGUGCUGCCAUGCUAAAAGGUGGCAGCAUGGCUCGGAGGAUGAGCAUCGAUGAGCUGGAAGACCAGCUCCUCUGUCCCAUCUGCCUGGAGGUCUUCAAGGAGCCCUUGAUGCUGCAGUGCGGGCAUUCUUACUGCAAGUCAUGCGUGGUGUCACUGUCUGGAGAGCUGGAUGGGCAGUUCCUGUGCCCCGUGUGCCGCCAAACCGUGGACUGCAGCGCCUCGCCACCCAACGUCACACUGGCCCGUGUCAUUGAGGCACUGCAGAGCCGGGGUGAGGCAGAGCCCACCCCAGAGUCCUGCUCAACACACCACAACCCCCUCAGCCUCUUCUGUGAGACUGACCAAGAGGUGAUCUGUGGGCUGUGCGGCACCAUCGGCAACCACCGCCUGCACAAGAUCACCCCCAUCUCUACCACGUACUGCCGGAUGAAGGAGGAGCUGUCUGUGCUGUUAACCGAUGUCCACCGGUACAAGAGGAACCUGGAUGAACACUUCAGCAAGCUCAUCAACAACAAAAUCCGCAUUGCAAAUGAGGCGGAUGUCUUCAAGUGUGUGAUCCGGAAGGAGUUCCAGGAGCUGCACAGAUACAUUGAUGAGGAGAAGGCCACCUUCCUGGAGAGUGUUGAGGGGAAGGCGGCCCAGCUCAUAACCUCCAUUGAGUCCCAGGUCAAGCAGUCAUCAGAUGCCCUGCAGAGGCUGAAGGAGAUACAUAGCUCUCUGGAGACACUCAGCAAUGAAAGCCAGCUUGAUUUCAUCCGUAAAUACAGCUCCUCCCAGUUCAGGUCAGAGCUUCCCAGCCUCCUCCCAGGUGAUGGCAUAUUUAGCCCCAUUUCCUUCAAGCCGUGUUUCCACCAAGAUGAUAUCAAGAUGACAGUUUGGAAGCGGCUGCACCGCCAUGUCCUGCCAGCUCCAGAGAUGCUUAAACUGGACCCGGUGACAGCGCAUCCCCUCCUGGAACUCUUCAAGGGUGACACAGUGGUGCAAUGUGGGCUCUACCAGCGCCGGGACAGCAACCCCAAGCGUUUUGACUCCAGCAACUGCAUCCUUACCUGCAAGGGCUUCUCCUGUGGCCAACAUUACUGGGAGGUGAUAGUCGGCACCCGCAACCACUGGCGCGUGGGCAUCAUCAAGGGCACAGUCAGCCGCAAAGGGAAGCUCAGCAAGUCUCCUGAGAAUGGCGUGUGGCUCAUCGGCCUAAAGGAAGGCAAAGUCUACGAGGCCUUCAGCACCCCGCGGGCCACCCUGCCGCUGACCGCCCGGCCGCAGCGCAUCGGGAUCUACCUGCACUACGAGAAGGGCGAGCUGACCUUCUACAACGCCGACAGCCCCGAUGAGCUCAGCCCCAUCUACACCUUCCAGGCGGAGUUCCAGGGCCAGCUCUACCCCAUUGUGGACCUGUGCUGGCCGGAGCGGGGGCCUUACUCGCCCCCCAUCAUCCUGCCCCCCCCCGGCGCCCCUCGGCGCCCCCAGGGGCUGUGCCGCCAGCCGGCCCCCGAGGCGCCCGCCAAGCCGUAGCGCGGCCGCCGGGGCGAGCUUCGGCCUCCCGCGGGAGCGCCCUUCGCAGCCCCUCGGGGAGCGCGGCGGCGGCCCCGGGCGGCCCCGGUCAAUAAACGGCGCUGCCCGAGCCGCGCUGCGCCCGCUGCGAGCC